UCAUGGCUCUGAGUGCAAAUGUUGUGCUUUGACACUAAAAUCGGUUUAGAUUACUUGGAUGAUCUGGUUUUAGACUUAAUUCAUCCAUGUUCAUUACGAGCAAGCGAUGUUGACUGAUGCGCCGGCCAACCCACUCAAUCCCACCCUCCACUGGCCCAAGGCCCCCAACUAUGGAAAGCAGGAUCAGCAGCAGGCGUCCCCCCACCCCCACCCGCGCCGCUCCUCGGAGCCGCAGCGUCGCGGCAGCUCGUCCCAGCGCAGCUGCUUCCUGGGGGUGGAGACGUGGGCGGAGCUGGUGUGGGAGCGCUGGGAGCCGGGCAGGGAGUUCACGCGCACGCUGCACCUGAAGAACGUCCACGGCCGGCUGCAGAAGCUGCGCUUCAGGCCCCCCGCCACCAAGUUCUUUACCACCAUCUUCCCCCAGGUCAUCACCCUCAGCCCCGGCACCUCCUUCAACAUGCCUGUCACCUUCCGGCCACUCGAGAGGUGUGAGUACGAGGACACCAUAGAGUUCCAGAGUAAAGAGGGCUCCUUCCAAGUGUCCCUGCGGGCCACCAUACCUCGCCACACCCUGGAGCUGCCCGAGCGCGUCCAUCUGCCACCAUGUGCUGCCCAGCACAGCACUAAGACCACCUUUAUACUGCGCAACGCCAGUAAGCUGCGUACUGGUUUCCAGUGGGAGUCGGCCGAUCCCUUCGAGCUGUGUCCCUCGAGCGGGGAGCUGUCGGCGGGCGAGGAGCGCGAGGUCAUGGUGUUCUUCCGCCCCCUAGAGUCCAGGGUGUACCAGUGCGAGGCCAGCUGCACCUUCGGGGACCAGGCCGAGAACACCUGCACCAUGCUGCUGCAGGGACUGGCGAAGUACCCCUACCUGGAGAUAGUAACCCCAGGGGAGGAGAAGCAGGGGAUGGAGGAGGCGAAGAAGGAGGAGGAGGUGAAGAAAGAGGAGCAGGAGCAGGAGGAGGAGGAGGAGGAGUGUCCCCUGCUGGACUUUGGGACUCUGCCAUUCGGGAGCUCCCUGGAGAAACACUUCCACAUCCACAACCCCUCUCCUGUGGCCUCGUCCUUCUCGCUGGCUCGUCUGCGUCGGCCGGCCCUGCUGGAGAGUGUGUUUGAGUUCUCGGUGCGCGAGGGCCUGGUUCCUCCGGGGGCGUCCGUGCAGGUGCCUGUGUGUUUCUGCCCGCUGGCCGUGGACUGCACCAGUGUGGAGUACCUGUGUCUCUCCUACCCCGGCGCCCUCGGCACACCACACACCAUCAAGCUCACCGGCUCCUGCAGCGGUCCGCUGGUGUCCCUGAAUGCGUCGGUGCUGGACCUGGGCUGUGUGGGGGAGGGCGAGCAGGUGGCGGGGGCCGUGACCUUGACCAACUCCUCGGUGGUGGAGGCCCACUACCAGUUCGACGGGGGCGACGACGGCCACAGCGUCUUCUCGGUGGAGCCCCCCAGUGGCACGGUGCCGCCCCACUCCACCCUCACCCUGCGCGUCCACUUCCGCCCGCGCCACCCCAUCCCCCACCACCGACGCCUGGCCUGCCUGCUCAUGCACAGGGAUCCGCUGUUCCUGGACGUGAUUGGCACGUGUCACUCGGAGCUGUUGAAGCCGAUGGUGCUGCGCCCGCGUCACCUGGAGGUGUAUCGCGAACACCUGAGCAGGGGCCUCACCUGCUACCCCCCCGACAUCCUCAGCAGCAUGCUGGCUCAGGGCAGACUGCAGCUCGACCCGCAGGGGGCACUCAAGAUACCAGAGGACCUGACACAGGAAGUGGCCCUCUGCGUGCCGCCGCCGACGGCUAAGACGCCGAUGGACGAGUACUUUGUGUCGGAGACGCCGGCGGGCAAGCGUCCGCGCAGCCAGACUCCGCCCCACCAGCCCUGCUGCCACGUCUGCCUCAGCCCCCCCGAGCUGCUGUUCUACGACGUCCCCAACUCACGCCACCUCACCCUCACCAACCACACCAAGGGCAAGCUCUGCCUCUUCUGGACCCCCGGGGGGCCCGAGUCGCCCUUCGCCGUCACCCCCGCUACCUGCACCCUGGGGCCCCUCAAGACUACAGACUUCAGGGUGACCUAUAACCCUCAGCAGGCCAACACCGUCCACGCUGCCCAGCUGGAGUGCUUCGCCAUCUACAAGGUGCUGCGUGAUCAUCACCUGACGGAGGAGGUGACUCUGUGUCCCCCCUGGUGUGUGACGGUGCGCGUCAGUGGACACUCCUUCCGGCUCGGACACCAGCACUUCACCCCCCGCUACACCCUCACCAGGCCCCGCGUGGUGUUCCCCGCGGUGCCGGAGGUGUCGUACCGCACGGUGCUGCUGCAGAACACGGGGGAUCUUCCUCUGCUUUUCCGGCUGGGCCGCGAGGAGUGUCCCGAGGUCUCGGUGCUGCCCCCCAGUGGCCUGGUGCCGCCUGGCAGCCAUCAGGUGCUGUGUCUCAGGUCCAUGCCUGCACACGAGCAGACGCUGCCACUCACCCUGCCCAUGCACUUCAACGCCACGCCCAAACACACACAGGAGCUGACCGUCGUCAGCAUGGCGGAGAAGCCCCGCGUGUGUGUGGAGGGCGAUGGCUGUGUGUACUUCCGGCCCACGGCGGUGGGGUGUGUGUGUGAGCGUGCGGUGCGGGUCCGCAACAUGAGCCGUCUGCGCCUCAACUACCAGUGGAGAAUCAAGACCUCAGAGGAACACACACUGAGCAUACGACCAAGCAGUGGAGUACUACAACCCAACGAGAAUAUGGUUCAGCACUGGCGCUUUGCCCCUUCUGAGGAAAAGAGCUACACCAUGAAGCCCAGCCUCCUGCUGUGGCCCAGCCAAUCACAAGCAGACAAGAACAAGAGGUCCCGCCUCGUCCUGAAGGCAGUGGGCGUGGCCUGCAAAGGCAACAUAAAGGCUGUGAGUGAGGUGGUUGAGAUGGGUCAGGUGCUGGUGGGUGGCUGUAAGACGUUUGAGGUUCCCGUGUUAAACAGCGGCGGCUGCCCUGUACCAUUCUCCGUCAGCGUGCAGCAAAGCACCAUGGGUAGCUGCUCAGUGCCGGACGAGGACGACCCACCGGCUCUGGAGUUAGAGUCUGAUGUGGGCUGUGUUCCUGCCCGCUCGCGUCUGCUAUUGCGCUGCAGAGUCAAGCUGCAGCAGAGAGCUCACUACACAUGGGACCUAUGCUACCACACACUCAACGCUGACGGCUCUCCGCAGGGCUGUUCCCAGCUGCUGUGUCAGGUGCGUGCGGAGGGCGUGUUCCCCACGCUGGAGGUGGUGGACGCCCGGGCCAGCGGGGCGGCCGAGGGGCUCAGCAAGCUGCAGCUCUGGGAGCUCUUCUCCCUGGAGCCCUGGAACACCUGCCUCCAGAGACAACCAGGACCGUUGGAGCUCACCUACCGAACACCCACGAGACACAGUCUGAGGCGCUGUCCGUCCGUGUUCACGUCGUCCAUAUUGGAUUUGAACUUCGGGGCGGCGCCACUGGGCUCGGAACCCUCCUGUGUGCUGCUGGUGUUCCAGAACACGGGCAGCAUCCCUGUGGAAUGGAGCUUCCUGCUCCCGGAGGACCAGCAGAUAGAGCUGGAGUACUGGGCCGAGAGCGGCGACUUCACCCCCACAGAGCUGCACCACAUGCGGGCACAGGACAACCGACUCUUCUCUGUCUCCCCGCGCUCCGGCACCCUGCCUCCAGGCCAGCAGAGGGCAGUGCACUUCACAUACAGACAUGAGUUUGCUGGUACCGACCGUCUGCCAGUGCUAAUGAAGCUCUCCUAUGGCCGCGAGAUCCUGUUGAAUUUCGUGGGCGUGACGGUGGAGAGAAAUCAGCGCUACCUCCACUUCACCUCCAGCAAGUACACCUUCGCCCCCGUGGUCAUCGGAGGCUUCGAACCCCCCAAACAGAUCUACGAGCUGUAUAAUGGCGGUGCGCUGCCCCUGCGCUACCACGUGGACACGGAGCCCCUGGAGCAGCUGCGUGGGGACAGCUUCGGCCACCCCGUGCUGCAGUGCCUGACGCCCUACGGGGAGGUGGCCCCCGGACGCACCGUGCGCACCGAGUGGAUAUUCUCCCCCCUGGAGGCCAAGACAUACACUGUGGACGUACCCAUCCAUGUCCUGGAGGGGGAGUCGGCACUGAUCCGCUUCGAGGGCAGUGGCUAUGACAACCGAGCCCUGGGCCUCAGCGCCCCCAACAAGCUGGACCCACGCCUGGUGCCCUGCACGCAGAGGACGCCCCUGCCUGGACAGUUUGUGUUCCUCUCCCAGGAGCGUGUGUGUCUGGGGGACAUACCAGUGUGUUCGCGCUCCACUCGACUCCUCUUCCUCAUCAACACCUCCCACAGAGAGAGGGUGCUCUUCAAGUGGACACUCACCGACAAAGAUAGAGAGGUUGUGGAGCUGCAGCCAGAGCAGGGCACCCUGGCGGCGGAUGAGAGUGCCCUGUGUGUGCUGACGCUGCACCCCUCCGGCACCCCCUGCUUCUACCAGAUGGGACUCAUCUGUGAGGUCCUGAGUGAGGAGGUGGUGUUGCGUCAUGAGGAGGAGGUGAGGAGGUGGGAGGAGGAGAGGGAGCGCCAGGAGAAGGAGUUCACCAUCACAGACAGAGACCGCGCACCCUGCACCAGCACACGCACACAGGAUAAAGAAGAUGCAGAACAGAAGAAUAACUUUUCCAUCCGCAAGUAUAAGACUCUGCCCCCCAUCCGCAUCAUCAGCAGUAGCGUGUUAGCGGGGGGUGCGUCGGAGGCGAGGAGGAGUCGCGCUGAGCGUCGUGCGGAGCGGGAGCGGGCGGCGUCGGCUUCUUCCCAGGUGUGGCGGCGUCCCCUGCCCCCCCAGCCCAUGCUCCUGCACCUGGGCCUCACCGCGCGCUCACACUCCCUCCUGGAGUACCAGACCUUCUUCUCCACACAAUUCAGCAGGCACCACAUACACACGCUGAAGGAGCCCAGGGCUGUGUCCUCGGCUGUGUCAGCUGACCAGGAGAGCCCCGCCCCUCAGGAGAAGAGCCCCGCCCCUCAGGCCCUGCCCUCACUCACACGCUGCCCUGAGAUGGAUAUCAUCACACACACACUCACCUCCAUCAUCAGGAGCCUGCUGGAUGACCCCCAGUUCCACCGCACCAUCUCCAGCCACCAGGACGAGCCCGUGCCCUACUUCACCCAGCUGCGACCCCCGACACCGCCCCCGUCGCCACAGCAACGACCUUCCUCCCCCUCCCCCUCCCCCUCCUCUCCCUCCCCAUCUCUGGGCCCCAGCCCCCAGCCGGCCUCCCCACCCCCAUCGGCUUCGUCACCUCCUCCUCCUCCUCCUUCUCCACCUACGCAGUCCGAAUCCUGCGGCCCCAACAAGGUGGGCUGGGCUGAGGCGGCGAGAGAGCAGGGCUCCCAGAAUACACUGCACAAGGAGCAGCAGAAGGGUGUGGAGGAGGCCAUACGCAGGCUGCCUGAGUUUGGGGAGCUGGUGGAGGACGUGCUGCUGAACACGCUGCAGAACCUGAUGAUGGAGGCCCACCAGGGGGAGCUAGUGCUCACCGCACGCCCACGCAUCAUCGCCCUGCCCCCCGUCACACCACCACCCUCAAGCAGGAGGCGUAGUGGGUGCCCGCGGAAGAUGUCCAGAAGCUCUCCUCCUCCUCCUUCAGACUCUGCACUCAAGGACAGCCAGGGGACAGUCGCCAAAGCAGACUAGGGAGAGGCCCCCAAACCUGCCCCCGGCCCCCGGGGGACCCCCUUUACUUCCAGCACGAGAACCCAAAGAACUGACCCCCCUACCCACUACCCUCCCCCCACCUGGCACUUUCACACUCUGGACUCUUUUUUAUAUUCUUGUCACAUGAAAUAAAUGGAAGCACACCUUAUGUUCACUCAUGGAUGUGAGCGGAUUGAUUUUUUUUUUUUCAAUAAAUGAAAUAAUAUGCAUGAUGUGAAGUUU